CAACAGAAGUCUCUGCACAACGAACGACAAACAGCAGCGAAAGAAGACAGCGUGGCAGGUAAAAUGUGUCCUGCGUGGUUAUUAGUGGCUGUGGCGCUGGUGGGCGUGGCCAGAGGAGCUGUCAGUCAGUGCUGGGAACAUCCGAGCUGUCAGGAUGUCAACUCUGAGAGUAGCAUCAUGGAGUGUAUCCAGCUCUGUCGCUCCGACCUCACCGCUGAGGUGCCUGUCGACUCACACCUCCAGCCUCCUCCUCCAUCAGACCCUGUGUCCCUUGCUUCGCUAUCUCUUUUAUCCUCCACCUCCUUCCCUCCUUCAUCUCCUCAGGCCAAGCGUUCCUACUCCAUGGAGCACUUCCGCUGGGGGAAGCCUGUUGGCCGAAAGCGCCGCCCGGUCAAAGUGUACACCUCCAACGGUGUGGAGGAGGAGUCAGCCGAGCUCUUCCCUGGGGAGAUGAGGAGGAGGGAACUGGCCAGCAGGAUGAUGGAGGCAGCAGAGGAUGAGGUGAAGAAACAGGAGGAGGCAGAAGAGGAUGAGGACCUGGUCCCCGGUGAGGUCCACGAGAAGAAAGACGGCACAUACAAGAUGAAGCACUUCCGCUGGGGGGGCCCGCCGGAAAGCAAACGCUACGGUGGCUUCAUGAAGAGCUGGGACGAGCGCAGCCAGAGGCCCCUGCUCACGCUCUUCAAAAAUGUCAUCAACAAAGAUGGACAGCAGGAGAGGGAGCAGUGAGGGAUCAGGACGGGUACUAAAAACACAUUGAUUGUCACUGCCUUCCAAACAGACCCACGUGAGCUUUUCUAAUUCCCCUAUCAGCAGGCAACCCUGUCUCCUAGAAAUUAUUCUUAUGCAAUACAUUAUUUAACAUCAAUUAAUCUGAGCCUUCAUUAAUAAUUAGGUCUACAACAUGUCACAGAGUCUUAAUUGACCUUGUUAAAUGUCUUAUUGGGUCCAAAACUAAAACAUUCAGUUUUCAAUAUAUAAAACUGAAAAAAGCAGUAAAUAUACACAAUUGAAACUUCAGAGGCACUAUGGCACUAGUUGAUCUUUUUGAAAAUGACUUUCGAUUUAUCAAUUUUUACUUUUCUUUUUUUUUUUAAUAUAUAAGGUUUUGCUAAAUUCCAAAUGUUUCCCCCUUCCUUUAAAGGGAACACUUGUAACUCAACCGGUUUCUUCCCAUGGGAGAGUCCCUAUGAAAACCACUUUUGUGCCAUCAGCUUUUGUUAUUUCGCAUGACAGAUUUCUUAUUUUCUAUGUGCUCUUCUCACUGGUUUGACGGGCUCAUUUGGAAAUAAGCUGAUAUCAUGUAGCACCAAUCAGAAUUCAUCAUUUAAAGUGCUGAUAGAAAUCACCCUUUUUUUUUAGCCAUGAAUACAUUAUAUGGUAUAAUGUUUGAAGACUAAAUACAGCUUUGGGCUUUAAAUAAGUGCAGUGUGUGACUUAAAAUACAGGUUUUACUAAAUGUUUGCUGUUAUAAAAAAGUCAUUUAAUGUAAACGUAAUUUCUAAGAGACAGGGUCAGAGUAGGAAGGCAUUGUUUUGUCAGUGUCUUCUAUAACCGUUUGAUUCAUAUGAGAGUUUGCUAGAUGGUUAUUAUUGGUGUCAUGAUUUAAUGUUUACUACCGGAAAGAAAAAUAACGGUCAUCCCGCUGUCAUUCUGCAGUCAGUAACUUCACCCACAGGGACCGGUCCUGGAAUGAGAAACACAGAAAGAGAGGAUGGAGAGGAACGUGUUUUAUAU